AUGGCAACCAUGCAAAAAGAUGAGAACACCGGCGAUGCGGAGCCUGAGGACGUCCAAGAACUGACGAAAACUGUAUGGACGCUAAUUUUUUCUAAUGUACUAAACAGAUUCAAAAUAUGAUACGUCAAAUGCAAGACAAAUUCCAACUCAUGAGCGAUCAACUCGUGAAGAAAAAUAUCCUUUUCUGUCGCGCUACAUAUGUAGGCAAUUAAUAUACGCUUUUUAGUGAGUCCUUGUUGGGUCACUAUCUUCCUAGUUCUUCCAAAAAUUGCAAUUUUUUCAUGCGCUCUGUGGAGAGAUGCUUCGUGGCCUCGCUUAGAGUGUCAUGUCAACAGGGGUCUCACAUAUUUCGAAAUGCGUUUUCUUAGCCAACACUUUGUCGGAAUCUUCUCAGCUGUUCACUGAUCUCUUGUAGCCUCUGACUCUCGGCAACAUCGGACAGGCUGCGGGAAGCAGCAGGCAGGCAGUUGAUAAGCCCAAGUUAUGUAGCUACUGUUGA